AUGAGGACACUCCAAAGCUGUGCGAGGGGCGACAACCCAGACGAGAGCACGUACGUGGAUGUGGACUCCAGAGAAGAGAGGAACAUGGGGCAGGAAGAGGAUGAGGAAGAUGGCGAGAUAAAGGAGGAAAGGAGUGUGGAGAAGAGGGCUGAGGAGGAUGACGUAGAGGAUGAAGAAGAUGACGACGUAAGUUUGCUGCUUUUUGGCGUACCUUGCGUCGCAGAGGACGAGUCCCACUACAUUACCACGCAUGAGAUUCAAUUGACAGAACUGUCUGAUCACGAGGGGGAUAACGAUGUGAGUGUGGGCUGGGAGGACAAUCAGGUGUUUUCCUUUGUGGACUAUGACGCAUUUGAGCAGAACGGAAGCAAAGAUGUGAAUGAGAAACAGAGCAACCCACAUGUGUCCAGUAGUCAAUCUCAGCCACAACAGCAGAUCCACCUGUCAAUCAGAACCACUUCCCGGGCCGGGGGGGACAACCUGGUCUACCAUGGAGACGUGAGUGGAUACCUUUUCAGGGGAGUGGAUGGGGACGCGGCCAAGUGCUUUAUAGCAGCACCGGGAAGGGUUCACUUUGGCGCCAAAUUACGCGGUAGAGAAGUGACCGACUCCAGUGGCACGUCCAGUGCUGUGAGUGAGCUCGACGACGCAGACAAGGAAGUGCGCAACCUCACUGCCAAGGCUUUUAAAAGUUUAGCAUAUCCUUAUUUUGAUACUAUUAACUUUAGCACGUCAAGUGAAUCAUCUGCAUCAGAGAAGUGGUCUUUUGUUGACCUAAAAUACGGCAACGUGGAUAAGGGAGUGCUGUCUCGACAGAGUUUGGAGAACAGAAGUUUCACCGGGUUUACCCUGAAUGGGAAUCCGCAAACGCAGCUGGGGUUCAUGGGGAAACUGGGACAGGGUCACAGCGGAGUGAUCAGGCUCACAGAGACGCUCAAUUUCCGCUGCAAUGUUGGAGUGGCCGGGGCUGAGAGACCCCCGAUGUUUGCCCAAAGCGCAACAGCAGCCGGAUCACGUUCCAAGGAUGAAGUUACCAACGCAGUGGCAGGCAGCAGGCAGUGGCGAUUAGGAGCCGCCACCAAGCCACCCUGUCAAAAAACCAUGGAGCAUAAGAAAGCCAUAUUCGCGUCCAGCCUGAUUAAAAAUGUUAUUUCAAAGAAGAUGCAGUUUGAGCAAGAGCGCAAAAUGGAAAGAGGGGAGAUUAGCGAGCCCAACACACAAGAGGACACCAAAGCGAGUAAAGGAGGCAGGGAACUGGUCAGGCAGAGCUCUAAGUUUUCAGAGAGCAGCUCUGACCUCGCAAUAAUGUGCGUGGAUGAAUUGGGAGACUUGGUGGACAGCGGCUCGUGUGAUACUAAGAGUGACAGGACGCACAGACAAGCCUCUGUCGCGUUAGAAACCAAUUUGGAGCAUGCGAAUGAAGCUGGAAUCGAUACUAAAAAGGGCGCAUUGGAAGCGUCUAAAAGCACGCUGCUUCAUAGCCAAAAUAGCGCAUUCAGAUGCUGGAAGGACGACGAGCUAGAGUUUCAAAAGGAUCGUAAAAGCGUUCGAGAGAACGCGCUUGAGGCGAACGACUCGGAUCAGAGUGGAGUUAAACUCACGAAAAUGUCUAGUUUGUUUUUGCCGAAUAUCCAGCAGCUGUCCAGCGAAGAGCAGCGGCAAAACAGUCCUGUUUUGGCUCACGAAGAGAGCGUCAAAGCGCGCCCAGACAAUGCGCUGCUCGUGCCAGACACCAAAGGUGUCACUGCAAAAUCUCCUGAGAUUAAAAUCAAUCUGAGAAGUGGUAAAAACGAGCCUUUUGGUGUGACUCGAUUACGUGCUCCGAAUAUAGGCUGCAACAGGACCGAGGACUACAAAUCCCUGACUCUCGCUGCGGCUCUGAAGGGUGAGUGCUCAGAUAAAGUUCCACAUUUUAUGGUUAGAGAUAUACGAGAUAAUAAAGGCAAGCUGCAGACGCCCAUACAUCAGGUUAGGGACGUGAGAAAGCUUGUGAAAAGCUCUUAUCACUUUGUAUCUUUGGAUAACAACGACAAUAAAACAACUUUGGCCACUUCUGACAACCAAACAGAGACUAAAAAGCAAACAUCAGGUAGAAAUUCAACCUCCGUCUCACCUAUAGUGAUCAAAUGUCAAUCUGUGAACACUAAUAAUAACGGGAAAACUGCAGAUAAUGUUAAUGAUUUGUGCAAAAGGGAGGACUUUGAAAGGUCAUCGCCAGAGGGCGCUAAAGGGACUCAGUUUAGAACAAGUGGAAAGUCUAAUUCCGCUGAUGGAUUGAAUGGAUCUAAAAUUGAAAGUAAAGUGGCUGCUUGGAAACAAGACAAGGACAACUUAGAGAAAAAGACAGACAAAAUAACCAACCAAGUGGCUCUGGAGAAGUUACAAGCAGCUGUGAAAACAAUGGAGCAACUGUACGUUUUUGAAAAGAAUGAGUGGAAACGGAAAAGUGAGCCAAACCCAGUGACGGACAGUCAUGUACUGCCCUUUAUUAAUGAAGAACGGGAUAAACCUCCAGCUAAAGAGCCCAGCAGUGAAAAGAUGGAGUCAUUAGUGAGACGUGAGGAGCAGGUAGCCCACAGCAGCAGCAGCCAUGAUGACAGGUUUAUUAUGAAGACUAUGAAAUCUGAAAACCAAGCCACUAAAUCCUCUUAUGGCACAAAGACCUUCACCCCAAAGUCCCCAAAGCUGCCAACAUCACGGAGGACCACUGCAGGACGACUCAGUGGACAGGACAGAGCCGACUCUAAAGAAGAAGAGCACUCCAACCAGGAACAAACCAUGUCCGACCACGAGAACUAUUUAACUAUACCUGUCAAACCUGUGACAAAACAAGUCCAGCCUCCUGAAACAUCCUCAGUGUACACCUUGAAAUCUCGUACCCCACCUGGACCGGCCCAGACCUCUGUUCAGGACAACCCCCCCACCAGCAUCGUCAUGGAAACUCCCGAAACACCAACGGCAGCCAUAUACCAUUCAUUACCACUGGGCAUCACGACUAAUCAACUGUAUUGCUUCUCCCCAGCAGUUACCCCAGCUCCAUCUCUGGAUCAUUUUCAGCCCACCCAAAGGAAAAUGCUGCUUGACCCUACCACGGGGAACUACUACUUAGUUGAGACUCCCAUGCAGCCCUCUAGCAAGCGCUUAUUUGACCCAGAAACAGGACAAUAUGUGGACGUACCACUACCCCCAGCUCCUAUGACACCGGUUCCUAUGUCCCCUCUGGCCAUAAGUCCUGGGGCGUACGCACACACCUACAUGAUCUAUCCCGGGUUUAUGCAUCCCACGGUCAUCCCAGCCCGCACCUUGGUCCCUUCGCAGAUGUCGGUGCAUUCAGACCCGCCGGAUAAGACCCCACCUCAACAAAGUGAGGCCCCUUACAUGGAGAGCCCGUACUACAUGGCCACAGGCAAGUCUCCACAAACGGCUCCAGCCCCCGCCAACCGGACGUCUCAGGGUUACGCCGCCCUCAAGCAGCCCUUCAUCAGCAUCUCGUCCCACCAGCAAGGCCCCCGCAUCAUCGCCCCACCCUCCUUCGACGGGACCACCAUGAGCUUUGUGGUGGAGCACAGAUGAAGAGGUAUGAACUUCAAAAUAAAUGGAUUUACAUCUACUUUUGCUUUAUUAAAACAAGCUGAUGAAACCAUGAAUGAGGCAACCGCAGUGUUUACUCUGCAGACAAUUGAAGCUUUUGGAUGGGAGAUAUUUGAACUACAGAAACUACCAUUACCAUGGUGACAACUGCUUUGUGUGAUUUAGCUGACCUUGGAUCUGCUGGCCAGUCCAUAACUCACAUUUGACACUACUUAAUAUAAAGUAAUAAAGAAUUUAUGUGUAUUGCAUAGUCUCAUAAAGUCUUAUUAUAGAUCGUCUACGUUUGUGAAUGGAUCUCAGUGCAAACCCAGUCAUUGGGGUCAGUUUGUAUUUCAAAAGAGAUUUAGUAGAAAUGUAAGUAGUAAUACUGAGUUUUAUAAAUUUUGUAAUGGAAUAAUGUAAUGGCUUUUAUUUGUAUUCCAGAUAAUUAUUAUUAUAUGCAUCUGAGAUGGAAACAGUUUAAAAUGUUUUACUUGACUGUACUGAUGUUAUUUCAUGUUAUGGUUGUUUUGUUUUGCUUUUUUUUUUUUUUGUGCAACCCUUUGUAAGAAUAUUAACGUUUGUUUUAUACUAUCUGUGCCUAAAAGGUGAUGGUUCACUGGAAGGUUAUACACAGGGCCUCUUGACUGUAGAUGAGGGUUUGAGUAUGUUUAUACAGCAUGUCACUGGAUAUAAGGUUAGGCAGUUAGGCAUUGAGUACAAUACAUACUGCUUUAUGUGAAUUUAGACAGUGCAAUAAUGUAAUAAUGAAUAUUUUGCAUUUUUUAAUUAAUCAAACUUCAGGGAUGUUUCA